AUGCGCUCCUCCAUCGCCAUCGCCGCCGGCAUUGUUGCCGUUGCCUCGGCUGCGACCAGCACCAUUACCGACGUCGUUGACGUUACCAUCACCUCUUGCGGCCCGACCGUCACCGACUGCCCUUACGCGGCCAAGGCCACCGACACCGAGGUCUGGGGUGACUGGGCCAGCACCACCGCCGCAGCUGUCGAGCCAGCCAGCACCUCUACCUCCUCCGAGGUCUGGGGCGACUGGAGCACCGUCACCAUCAGCAGCAGCAGCACCCCCGUUGCUCCCGUUGCCGCCGCAUCCACUGAGACCUGGGGUGACUGGAGCACUGUUACCAUCAGCAGCACUCCCGUUGAGCCAGUUGCCGCCGCUUCCUCUGAGACCUGGGGCGACUGGAGCACCGUCACCAUCAGCAGCAGCAGCACCCCCGUUGCCCCUGUCGCCGCCGCCUCCACCGAGACCUGGGCUGAGUGGAGCAGCGUCACCGUCGUCAGCAGCACCCCAGUCGCUGCUGUCACCGAGACACCAUUCUGGCCUGCCGGCUCUUCUGCAGCCACCCCUGUUGCCCCAGCAUCCACUGGUGCCUGGACUUACAGCUCCUCGCCUGUUGCACCAGCUGCCUACACUGGUGCUGCCUCUGCCAACGCUGGCUCUUUCGCUCUUGCCGGUCUUGCCGCCGCUGCCGCUUUGGUCAUCGCAUAA